UUUGCUCACCGAAAAAGACGCCGGCAGCAGCAGGAAAAAAAAACAGAAAACGUUUUUGCGAAAAUAUAUUAAACGAAGACAAAAGUCAACAACAAAUCACCAAAAUGUCCUUUAAAGGCAACCCGAAGGUGCAAAAGGUGAUGGUGCAGCCCAUCAACCUGAUCUUUCGUUACCUGCAAAGCCGUUCGCGCGUCCAAGUUUGGCUCUACGAGAACAUUUCGCUGCGCAUCGAAGGCCACAUUGUGGGCUUUGACGAGUACAUGAAUCUGGUGCUGGAUGAUGCCGAGGAGGUGUAUGUUAAAACGCGCCAACGCAAGAAUCUUGGCCGCAUCAUGCUCAAGGGGGACAACAUAACGCUUAUACAGAAUGUCAGCCCGUCCAAGGAUUAGGCUAGAUUCUCGUAAAACUAAU